GGCCUGACAACCCUAAUCCAGCAACGCCGAGUUGAAGCAUGUUUUCAUACUUUUUGCCGGGUAAAAUGUAUUUAAUUAUAUAAUUCAGCGCCCCUUGCAGCAAUGGAUCCCAUCGACACCACCAAGCGGAAGCCCAGACGCACCUACGGCACACCAUCCUACACGUAUCGCAAUCGAUUUGCCUAUGCCCUCUUGGCCGCCGGAACUGCGCUCUUCGGCAUUUGGAGCCUGACUCCCAUCCAGCGCAUUGCCAACGAAAAGCUGUCCCAGGCGGUGGCCCAAACCGAACAGGAGCGCGAUAGGAAAGGACUCUUUGAGUUCGGCGCACCAAGGACUUCGCAGUUCAUCAAAGACGCCAUCAAGGAGAGCGAGGAGCAGAGGAACAAAUAAUGGAUCGCAAGACGCGGCGGGCCAACUUCAAAAACCUGCAGCCUCGGUAAUUUUAAUUGAAAUAAAGGCCAAUAAAAUGAAUGUCAUUAUCUAA